AUAAUUCUUAUAUAAUUAAUCAAAAAACAUCAUCAUAAAAAAAAUAUAUUUAUACACUCAUAUAUAAUUCUUAUAUAAUUGAUCAAAACAUGGGUCACGAUCUAUCAAAAUAUAUUGAUCCCGCAUUAUUUAAUACCGAUUCCGCAGAUUCAAAAAUUUCCCAAAGAAUAUCCACGAUAGCACCGAAUUAUAAUAGCGGUGAUCUAGACGCUUCAUCAGAUACCCUAACAUUAAUUCCAAAACUAUUGGAACAAUCGGAGGAAAAGUUAAAAUCAAGUGAUUAUGAAGCUUGCAUAUCUCUUUUACAACGAGCAUCAAAUCUUGGGUCUGGUCUUGCCGCUGCAAAAUUGGGUUUUAUAUACUUGCAUGGUUUGCAAGAUUCUUCUACCGAGCCACCAUCUUUCAAAUAUAUAAUAAAACCAGAUUAUAAAAUGUCAGCAGAAUAUUAUUUUUUAUCAUUGAAAAUAAUAAAUUUAAUUGUUUAUACUUUAUGGGAUAUGAGCUUAUUACUAGAAGUGAUCGUUUCCGUAACCGAUUUAUAUCGGUAUAAAUUUGAUCGAAAAAGUGAAUUAUGGAAUAAUGGAUUGGAAAUUUUAAAGUUGUUCAAUACAACUCUUAACGAAAACCAAUUCGUGAAGUUUCAAACUCACGAAAAUAAUCAAAUAAGAAACGCCAUUAGGGUUCACAUUUUAUUCAUAUUUGCUUUAACUCAUGAAUUAGAUAGAAAAUUUUCUGAUGCUAUGAAAAUUUACCAUGAGUGUGAAAAAAUUGGUCAAACAUUUAUCUCUCUUAGCGCAGAUAAAUUAGUGAAAAAAUCCCAUACUAAUUAUAGAAUAUUACAAAAAGAAUUAGAUAAACAAACUCCAAAAGUUUUGCCUAUAUGUACAGAAUGUAAUUUUAAACCUAAAAAUACGGCGGAAGUUUGGGGGUUGUUAGUUUGUUCUAAAUGUCAACAAGCUGCCUGUUGUAGUCGGCAAUGUUUGCAACUUCAUUUAACAAAUGAUCAUUAGUACAUAGAUUUUAUAAAUAAUAUAUUAUAAUCUUUCAAUUUUUAUUAUGUAUUUUUUUAAUAAUUAAAGGUAAUAAAGGUCAAAAC